AGGAUACGUUCAGUGGAGACACGCUGACGCUUUUGAAGCUGGAUAGGAAGCAAAUGGGUGCUUACCUCUGCAUCGCUUCAAACGACGUACCUCCAGCAGUCAGCAAGCGGAUUACACUGAACGUCAACUUUGCUCCUGUUGUCAAAGUUCUGAAUCAGCUGCUUGGGGCGCCACUUGGGACCAACGUAUCCCUCGAGUGCCACGUUGAGGCGUUUCCCAAUACUAUCAACUACUGGGUGAAAAACAGAGGGGAAAUGCUCCUAGAUGGGGCUAAACAUUCUAUCGUGGAGAAUCGGACGUCAUAUAAGGUGCACCUGAAGCUGACGGUCAACCAGUUAAGCAGGCGGGACUUGGGGGUCUACAUGUGUGUGUCAACCAACUCGCUGGGCCAUGCUGACGGCACAGUGAGGCUCUACGAAAUCAAAGUAGCAACGCAAAUUCCUGUUGAAUCAACUGAGAAUCAAGUAGCUACAGUAUCAGUUCCAGCACUCGAGGUAACUGGCACUGGGGGACUGAACGACAUGGCCAAUGAUAUUUCUCUUACAACGAUCGCUCCAAUGCCGUCCAUGAUGGAGGAGACGGUGCUUGACCAAAGCUCAACAAUGCACGACGUCCAAGCCGAAAGAGGGGUCAACUCUGGGGCACGAAAGGGUGCAGCCACGAGGGUGCUGGCAAGCUUCAUGGUACCCUUCCUCUCCGUGCUAGUGCAUGUGGUCAGAUGACAAUGCCAGGCUCUAGUGGAUGCACUCGUCUAACUGUGCAAGUGCAUCUGUUGCGUACAUCAGAGACAACACCACACGUCAUGCAUUCACAGUAUUUGUGUUGGCAAGAGCGGAGUGGGGACGGAAGGGAGGGAAGUUCUGAGAACAGGCGUCAAUACUGCAUAUGUCAGCUUGUGAAAGAAAUAAAAGCGAAAGGAGUUUUAUUAUCGUAGCCAACUCAAUAACCGGAAGCAUAAAAUGUUAAUAUACAUUUCAGAAGAUCGAAAUUAUGGAGGAAAAGUGUAUGACUUGUAACAAAAUGUACAAACAGUUUUGCAACAUCGAAAUCGUAGUAUUUACAUGAGUAAUGUUUAUGUGCAUUUCAUGUUUCGUGUGCUGGACAAAAGAAAUGAAGAGGAAAGUUUCAGUAUUCCUUCCAUAUUACAAAGGCAUGUCAGUUGUGACAAGUUGUGCCUAGCAGUAUAUAUUUUGACUGAUUGCCGUCGCCUGGCCGUGGAUAUCCGUGCAGUGGAUGAAAAGCAUAAGAACAUAUCCAGAUGGUCUCAAGAGACAUGACAGUUCGCUUCUAAGACAGUUACAACGUUAAAUUUGUAUUGUAAUAGGAGCACACGCAUAUAUCAACAAGGACUUCGGUAAUACGUACGCUACUAUUUAUCUUUCGAAAGCUUCGUAAGAUCCUGCGUCAAAGGAAAUAUAGUGGUGUAUGAAAUUUUUCAAGAUUCCCGAUUAAUGAUAAUUAUAUUCAAAACCAAAUAAUUAUGAACUUUUGGUGGCUAAGCAAUGUGAAAUUUAUCUAAAUACAAUUUAGAAAGUACUUUAAUAUUUUUAUUAACACAAAGCAGGAAUAUGAGACUUUCAGUUCAAGGACGAGACAUUAUUUGGCCCAGCUUAUCCCACCAGGCAGUAGCUCUUCCCGAAUACACGUCACAAAUAAUGGUGGGGUGGAUGCUGACCAUCGCAAUUAAAUCUCCCUGACAUAAUUGAUAUAGUAAAUAUAGUUUAUGUAAUUAGGUAUACAGACAGCAACACUAACAACUCUGCUCAAUAUACUCGUAGCAUCAAAGGAACCGUUGCUACAAGACAACUCAUCAACGCAGCACUUUCAUUAAUAAAGAUAGCGCUUUGCAGACACAUACACAAAGCAAAAGUUCUGGGGCCCAUUUUUAACAUAGAGACUACAUGGAUGAACCUUGAUAUUGAGCUAAAGAAGAAUUAUCUCUCUGGCACACUAUUUCAAUUCAUAUCCUGCUUGGUAGGUCAAACAUAUCAAAAGAAAGGUGUCUUUAAUUUUAAGGGCAAGUCUAGACUGUGUCAUAUUAAUAAAUUAGACCCUUUCGAGUAUAGCUCCACGACUACCAGCUACAACAAACUGAAAUGCUCCUCGCUGAAGGUUUCUCUAAGUAUGAUUGUUAGAGGAGAAAUAUGGAAAGUACGGGAUAAAAUUAUAUUGAACUGAGCCAAAGUUACUCUGAAAUGAAAAUAAAAGUCUGGGAUCUACCUAAACGUAUUUUACGGCAGUGUAGCUCUGUGUAACUAUCAUCAAAGACGCUUACAAACUAAAUAUUCUGUUUUAAAACAAUACAUAAUAUCUAUAUAUGAAACAUGCUUUCUUCAUGUAUACAGCUUCUGACGUCAAUACCUGCAAAUGCAAAUGGACGACUUACUUGUUAUCACUCAAGGUGACCAUUGGAAACUCUGUAUGAAAUUAACGUAUAAUAUAUCAUGAAGCAUGUGCUUUUUAUAAACGUGUGUAAAACAUGCAAGUUCAUUCCAAAAUCCUACUCUAAACUACAUGAAUCUGCACUGCUGUAAUAUGAAGAAGAAGAAGAAUACGCAAGUGAGUGUGGAGCUAUAAGAAGCGACACCGUACGUCGCAGCCUUACAUUUCUUCUUGCACGAAAUGUAACUUGCCUGGGUUUUUGUUGUGAAUAUGGAAGUUCUGACGUGCUGCGCCAAGUUCUAAAGUUAAAAAUAUCUUUGGCAAUUGCAUUGAGGUGGUCUGGAAUCAGUUCCCUCACAGAAAGAAUAUUAAAUGUUUCAAAGGGUGGUACAGUUAACCUUAUGGCUCUUUCGUUAAUCAAUUAUUGUAGAACUUCAACACAUACAACUGUAAAGGAGCAUGAUAUUUUUCUGGAAGAGUGAACUAAAGUUGUAUGUCUCCAUAUACUGGCUUAGUAUCAUUCCAAAGAAUUCAAGAUCAUAUAUUUCGUUAUAAAAAUUCCUCGCGAAUUUUAUGAUAUUUGUUUAAAUAUUGGAAAUAUUACUGAAAACAUCACACAGCUAAAAGACAACAAUAAGUAGAAUAAUGCCCCCAACAAUUGCGGAUACUAUCAAUACUGAAAUAAAAUUCUUGUCUAACUUUCUUCUCGGAGUAACAAAAUCACAGCACUUACAUGUUAAAUUAAUUUUGUAUAUUUUGUUUUACAUUGUAUUAGUACUGAACAAAAUGUGUAAUGUAUAAAAAUAUAAAUACAAAUCGUCUUAUUAA